CUAAUUUCUAUCUCGAAUUUUAAAACAAUUAUCCACAUCAAAUAUGCACAUAGAAGAGUUUUCCGAACAUCAGAAGCUUGGAGCAGCAGAACAAUGGCGUCAUCGGCCAUAAAAAGAACCACGAGAUUGCGAACCAUCCAUAACUCAGCAGAUGCACCACGCCUAACCAGGUUCUUCCUCCGUCCACCUAAAUCUGUAGAGGUGGAAUUUGCUGAUGGCAAAGCAUUCAUUCUAUCAGCUGAGUUUCUUAGAGUAUACAGCCCAGCCGCAGAUAGCAAGAUACGCUCUGUUGGGGGCGAAAAGGUAAUAUUUGGUCGGCGACAUGUAGGUAUCAUGUCUGCAGAACCUAUAGGAAACUAUGGGGUGAGGUUGCUCUUCGAUGAUUUGCAUAAAACGGGGAUAUACACAUGGAACUAUUUCUAUGACCUCGGCUGCAACAAGUUCACGCUCAUGAGAAAUUACAUCGAAACACUAAAGAAGCAUGGCUUGAGUCGGGAUCCCAAAAGGACAUGAUGGGAAGUGUUCUUAAGCAUGUAAUCAUGUAUCAAUGGCUCCUUAAGCAGAACUGGGUAGAUUUGAUAGUGUCCUGUCACAAGUAAUUUAUUUAAUUAGAUUUGUUUAUUAUUUUAAAUUUUUAUGUGUCCUAUUUUUCCAAAAAUAUUGUAUAUAAAUGUUGGAGGCAAAUAAUUUAGCCCUCGUUUUAGAUUUCCUAAAAGGGAAAUGUUAGAUGACAUCUAUGCAUAAAUCUUCUUUGUUUUAGAAUAUUAUCAUUUGUUUGGAUGAGUGAUAAUAAGGCUAUUAAUAAAUGAAAAUAAAUG